AUGGCAUGGGUUUAUCAGCUAGCCGGCACCGGCAGAGCCGCAGAGGAGCCGCGGAGAGGAAGCAGCAGCAACGCAGCGGACGAAUUCGACGGGCCGAAGUCCCUGGCUGACAGCGUCCGGCGUGAUCGGAGGAUCGCCGCGAGGACAAGUGGCACCCCUGGUGCAGGGCAGAAAGGCGCGGCCGCGCCGCGGGCCUCGUGGCGGAACAGGGCUAACGCCAUUGUCUCAUUCAACAAUAGGCCGGCUUCAGAGGCUGUUCCUUACUUUGAACAGAUAGGCCCACUCUUUAGUCAACUGAUGCCUAUGAUGGAGGCAUCACCUGUUUAUUCUCUGGCCAGAUAUGCAUCAGGAGAUGCAUGGAAGGCUCUUUUUGAUUUAGCUGGAGGUUUUAUACGUGAGUAUGAUCAAGAAGCUAUGGUUUCUCUGAGCAAAUUUGUUGAUCAGUUACCAUCAGUCAUGAAUCAGGUUAGAGAAGGUGUUUCUGAAUUCAAACCAACACCACCUGAAAACCGUGAAUUCUGCAAGAAUUCCUACAGCGUACCCAAUACAUUAUUGGUCAAAUUCAGUGUUGAUGCUAUUGAUGAUACAGACAUAGUUGAAGAUGUUCUGAGACCCCGAGUAGACUCAAUUGGUGGACAAAUAAAGAAAGUUAUACUGUCAGGAACACAUCUAACUCCAUGUAUACAGGAUGUGAAAUGGCAAGUUGGUUCAGAAUACACUCCAGCAGAUGCUGUUGCCCAGGGUUUGAAAUCAUUGGCUCUGAAUGAAACAAGGGUUCUCUCAAGAACUAUUGCUGAUUGGCUUAGAUCCCUUUAAAUCAAUACAUCCGUUGAAGUUCAGAAUUCUUCUUAUGAAGGCGCCUGCGUCAGGAAUGCUUCAUCAGUUCCUGCUUUGCUAAUGCUGUCGACUGAGGCUGGCAUUGAUGCGAUAUCAGAGUAUACAUUGUAUGGUUCUUAGAAGCAGUGCAUUUGGGCUGUGUGUGCUAAGUUGGUUGUUCUCGCCCACAGGCCGUAGCCGUACUACACUACCCGAUCAAGAUCAAGACUGCGUGUUCGGGGCCUACUCAGAUUGUAGUUGCAGCUCAUGCAAUGCACCGAACCCAAAGUCCAAGAAACAUGAUCCUGUUGGGAGGUACGGUGCCAGCAAGGCCAAGUCGGCCAAAUGCCCCCGCUGCACGCAGACAAGCCCGACGCGGCUUUUUCUACAGGCUGUCGGAAGGGCGUCAUAGGUGUAACAGGAAAUGUAUAUAUAUCGCCACAUUGUAUUUUCUGGACACAUACUUAGUAGUAAUAAUAAUCUAACCGCAUAGCUCGGGCGAUUGUAUU